AACAGGUGUCCUUCAUUGAAUUGCCCCCUCGUUCUUCCAUUGCCCCGAGCUUCGACGGUCAGGACAGGAUGCCGAAGAAAAAGACGGGCCAGCGGAAGAAGGCGGAGAAGCAGAAGCUCCGGCAGAAGGAAAUCCGCAACCGGGAAUCACAGCUACCGGAGCAACCAUGCAACGUUGCCAUGGAUUGUGAGAAGUGCGGGAAGAAGCAAAAAUCUAGAGCAUUUUGCUACUUCUGUCAAAGUCUCCAGCGGCUGCCUAUCUGCGCGCAGUGUGGUAAGCAGAAAUGCAUGCUCAAGACCGGCGAUUGCGUGGUGAAGCAUGCGGGUGUGUUCACGACCGGCCUGCAGAUGGUGGGAGCAAUCUGCGAUCACUGUGAGGCCUGGAUAUGCCACGGGCGGAAGUGCUUGCAAUCGCAUGCCUGCACCUGUCCGCUGAUAGACGCCGUGUGCAUUGAAUGCGAACGUGGCGUAUGGGACCACGGGGGACGAAUGUUCCGGUGUAGUUUUUGCGAUAACUUCCUGUGUGAGGACGAUCAGUUCGAGCAUCAAGCCUCGUGUCAGGUACUCGAGUCGGAAUCGUACAAAUGCCAGUCAUGCAACAAACUAGGGCAGUAUUCUUGCCUGCGCUGCAAGACAUGCUACUGCGAUGAUCACAUCCGGCGGAAAGGUUUCAAAUACGACAAAAACAAGCCAAUACCGUGCCCGAAGUGUAACUACGAGACGAGCCAAACGAAGGAUCUCAGCAUGUCGGUUCGUAGUCAUAAGUAUGGUCGCAAACGCCUUGAUGAUGAAGGUGAUGACGAUGACUAUGCGUACGAUGACGGGUACAUGGCCUAUCGUAGCAGUCACGAUCAUUACAACGAGGUUUCAAAUAGUUCAUCUGAUGAUGACUAUGAUGAAGACGACGAUGACGACGAGGAUGACGAUGAUGAUGAAGACGAUGACGAAGAGGAAGGCGAUGAUGGAGAAGAGACGGCAAAAAAAUCGGGCGAUUCUCAAGGUGAAUCUUCGACGACUUCAGCAAAGCCUCAAAAGUAGUCACCUGUCCAUACGAGUCGUGUGCAAUUCCGCGUGUUUUGUUCUUAUUUCAACUGAAAAUAUGCAAUGCCUACCAGUUACGUACAUGGCGUGAUCUUUAUUGCAUAGUAGAACCACACAAUCCAUCCGCCUAGGUUCUGCAGUGCGUGAAGAUGUUUGUAAUAAAAAAG